AAUGAUAGCUCAUAAUUUGUUUCACUAAUGUGAUAAGUUCACUACUCUUUAUGUUAAUGAUACUUAAAAUGCGCAGUUAUUUUCUAUUUAAAGGAAAUGAUAAAAAAAAAUGACAAACAUUCAUUAAGAUUACAUUGCCAGAUAAGGGAAAAAAACAGUUGGCAAGCAGACUUUAUUAAGUUAAACGCGAAUUGUAAUGAAUGUCUUUAAAACUAUAUAACAAUUAAACACCAAAAUAGACAAAUCUGAUAGUGAUCAGCAAUAGUUUAGUGAAGAUUUAUCAAAAAACUCAGUGCUGGUUUAUAACAGAGUUUAUAACAAUGCUUUACAUUAUUAUACCAAUUCUUUUUUUUAGCUGUCAAUAUCUAGUUAAAUGUGAUACAGACUUGAAUAAUGCAAACAUAGAAGAUUCAUGUAAUCAAGUUUUAUCUUCUCAGAUGGUUGAGGAAAUUGAUAAUUAUGCUCACAUUGUCAAUAACAUUAUCAACGUAGCCAUUAAUGGUAGUUUUAAAGGGAAAACAUGGGAUGAAUUAGAUAAAUUCAUUGUCGAAUUUGGCGCAAGAUUCACUGGUACUGAAAACUUGGAGAGAUCCAUUGAUUAUGUUCUUCAACGAUCGGAGGAACUUGGACUACAUAAUGUACAUGGAGAAAAAGUUAAAGUUCCUCGAUGGAUUAGAGGUCAAGAAACAGCAACACUUCUUUCACCUUGGAAAAAAGACAUAAAAAUUCUAGGAUUAGGAUAUUCAGUAUCAACACCUCCUGAAGGAAUAAUAGCAGAAGCUAUUAUUGUUAAAACUCUUGAAGAAUUAAAAGCAAGAUCGAGCGAAGUUUCAGGAAAAAUAGUGAUUUAUAAUCAAGAAUAUCUUUCUUUUGAAUAUUCAAGUGAAUACAGCUGGGUAGGAGCAACAGAAGCAGCAAAAUUUGGAGCAGUAGCGACACUAAUUAGAUCUGUUACUCCUUUCUCUAUUUAUACACCUCAUGCUUUCAUAAUUGGAUACAAUGAUUCUAUUCCUAAAAUUCCAGCUGCAUCAAUAACAGUUGAAGAUGUCAAUCUUCUUAGUAGAAUGGUGGCAAGAGGAAAGAAUAUAACAAUUAAAUUAGUAAUGCAAGAGCAGCGUUUACCUGAUAUUGAAUCUCGUAAUGUCGUCGCAGAAAUUGCUGGCACUAGUAGACCAAACAAAGUAGUAGUGGUAUCAGGCCAUAUUGAUAGCUGGGAUGUUGGUCAAGGUGCAAUGGAUGAUGGCGGUGGAGCUUUUGCUGCCUGGAAUUCAUUGGUACUUUUGAAAACAUUAAAUUUACAACCAAAAAGGACUAUUAGAGCUAUCAUGUGGACAGGCCAUGAAAUGGGUAUUAUUGGAGCAGAGAACUACAUCAAAGAGCAUAAAUCUGAGGAAAAUGAUCUCCAAUUAGUAAUGGAAUCUGAUACAGGAACAUUUUUACCACUUGGCUGGGAAGUUACUGGGUCUCCGGAAGUCAUUUGUGUCUUGAAAAGAAUAACUAAGUUGAUGUCAUCAAUGACUCCCUUAGGAGUUAGAUCACCUUUUGUAGCACCCGAUAUUUGGAAUUGGGUUCAAGCAGGAGUCCCAGGAGCUUCAUUAUGGAAUCAGAAUGAACGAUACAUUUGGUUUCAUCAUUCAGAAGGUGACACAAUGGAUGUUGAAAAACCAGAAAACUUAGACAUGGCAACAGCUUUAUUUGCAGCAACUGCUUAUAUUGUAGCUGAUAUGAGUUUAGAUCUUCCGCACAGCAAGACAUGAAUCCUCUUACUCUGAAAGCUGUUAAAUAAAUAUUAAUGGAGUGUGAUAUGCUAGUAUAAUAUUUAAGGAUUGUUGAGAAAGAUAAAUAUAGAAUUUUACACUUA